CAAGCUACUAUACCUUGCAGCCGAAACAGACAUGUUUGCCUGUUCCCUUGCGGUAGCACAUAAUGGAAGCCGGACUUCUAUGAAAUCGGAGACACUAACACUGUGCUUCUCUCCAUUGGGUAACUUGCGAUAGAACAUCAUCCCAACCAGUGGGAUGGGGUGGAGGAGGAUGACUACGGAAAUUAAGGUGGUUAGGUGGCCCCAGGUUCGAACGCGGAAUUGACCAUUUUUCCAGUUAAAUUUUCCUUGCUCUCUUUAGCUAGUAGGUUAUUUAUUUCCAUAAAACUGCAUUUAUUGCUUCAAAUCGAUGACGUCACUACAUGACAUAUCUGAGCCUGCGGCAAAACGGCAAAGCAUUUCCGAUAGAAGUCUGGGCACAACUGGUAGAAUCAAGAUGGCUUCCGUAGCAAGAGCGUACAUUCUCAACAAGAAAAGACAAGAACAGGCUGGAAAUCAACGAUGCCAAAAGUGUCUUCAAAUAGGUCACUGGACUUACGAAUGCAACAACAAACGAAAAUACUUGCAAAGGGAUUCACGGACGGCAGUCAUUAAGAAGAAAAUAAAGUUGAUGAAGUCUGCCAGUGAGAACACUGAUACAACUAACAGUGAGGCUCUUGACAAGGAGAAAGAGACGUCAGAGAAAAGCAGCAGUGAUGAAAGUGAUGAAUCUGAUUCUGAUUCUGAUGAGUCUUCAACAUCCGAUGACAGUGACUCGUCCGAUGACAGCAGCAGUUCUUCCAGUGGCAGCAGCAGCUCCAAUAGUAGCAGCAGCUCAGAGGAGUCAGAUAGUGACAACAAACGCAAGUCAAAGAAACGCUGAUAACUGGAAAGAAACAUUUGACAGGUUGAAGAAGUGGCGUCAAAUUAGAAUUUGGAAGUAUGGUUACAUCUGAACCACAAUGAGCCUACUGAAGGAACUUAUGGUGACAUAAUGUUCUUGUUCACUGCUGCAUGCUACAAAUUGAAUUGCUUGUGGAACUGGUGGUCUUGAGGAAUCCUUGCAAAGCAAGAAAAUCUUGCAAAAUUGCCCAACGUGUACUGUGGAUGCCAUUACUGUUCAUGUUAACUCCAAUCAGGGACUGUUUCUGCAACUGUUUUUUUUUUCAAUACGACUAUUAGAAGGAUUACCGUAACCUUUUAAUUCCCUAUCGUACUUGACAUGAGAAGAACGUUGUGUUGAGUGGUAUCCAGUCUUUUUAUCAGACUCCUUGUUUUAUUCUAGCAGAUGACUGAAAGGAUGUGCAAAAACGUAGCACAGUCCUAAGCUUUUUUUUUUCUAGUGAGAUCUAGAGACUACAUACAAUGUGCUGUUCCAGAAAAUAUACCACCUCAUGGAUGGUUUUUUGGGUAUUACCCUCCCCCCUGGAAUUCCGGUUCAGCUUCAUAUUUUCUUUUAAAAUCUUGCUUUUUGAGUUCCCCCUCCCCCAUUCCGUCAGAAUUGCCAAAGACCUUCCAUGAGAUGAGAAAGUAACGAUAUUGGCCGUGUUUAUACUAAAGACGCAUUAUCCGUCUGGACGAACUUGGGCAAACAUUUAUAGUUCGUCUGAUUAUUCGUCUCUAGUAUAAAGACGGUCAUGAGACGUAUUAUGCGUUUAGAUAAACUCUCUCUCCUAGUGCGUCCUUCAAGACGAAUUUUGAAGUAUAGUUCGUCUAGAUGCAUAAUACGUCUUGUGCCCGUCUUUAUACUAUAGAAGAAUAACUAGACGAACUACAAAUGUUUGCCCAAGUUCGU